AGAAGUGAGCAAUUGCCAACAUAUAUCCAUUACGCUGUUGCAUACACACACUCAGACACACACUCUUCUUGUAGUAGCAUGGCUCUGCACGUGUGUGUGCGUUCUCUGCUCUCCACAAAUGGACUCCGCUUGUUAAACAUACCUUUGGGUGUACGACUCCAGCCCAAGCAGGCCCAUCUACACAGCAGCAGUUCCUUAGGGUCCAAGGUGUUGUUACACUUUGUAAAUCAGUCUGGAACAAAGACCAGCGUUAAUGCGGCUGAGGGAGAAUCCCUGCUGGACGUGGUUAUCAACAAGAACCUCAACAUCGAUGGCUUCGGUGCGUGUGAAGGCACCCUGGCAUGUUCCACCUGUCACCUGAUUUUUGAGGAUGGCGUGUAUGAGAAGCUGGAUUCAGUUGCAGAUGAGGAGAUGGACAUGAUGGAUUUAGCCUAUGGACUCACCAAAACGUCACGACUGGGCUGUCAGGUGAUCGUGGAGUGCUGGAUGGAUGGAAUGACUGUCCGAGUGCCACAAGAUAUCAAAUAUCAACGAGAGGCACAGGAGGUCAAGAACAAGCAGUGAGACGUGUUUAUUAAUAAAGAUUAUUCUUAGGCAACCUACAUAAGGACUACAUAACCCUGAAACAUUGAAAUUAUUGGCCAAAGAUUUAAACCCAAGAACCGCACAAGGACAGCAUGAUGCCAACAUUAACCUUUAAUCACACCCACAUAUACACAUUUAACACAUUUAUUUAGGCCUACAAUUUAAAAUACAAAAUUAAAAGACCCAAAUCUUUUUAAAUGCAUACAUCAUCCAACAGCAGUACAUGUCCAUGCCAGCAUCAGUCAAAAAUAAGCACAAUCAGAGUACAUUUGUAGCUUAAACUAUUAAUACACUCUAAGAGUGGCUGGUAUUUCACAAUCUUUGUACAAAAAGCUUCCUCCAUUGAUGAGUCAAAACAGCAGCUUACUUCAAUCAGAAACACAGAUUUACCCUCCACAUCUACAGUAACCACAUCAGGCCUUCUGGCAGAUAUUUCACACAGAGCCGCUUCACCAAACACACUGUGCAACAUUUCAGAAUUCACCAAACAAUUUGUAUGUACAAAGACUGAGGAGGGAAAAACAGAUGGCAGUUCUUUACAAAUUAAUUCCACUAUUCUCUCAUGUCUUGAGAUAUACAUGUCCUUACAAAAAUUACAACCGUUCAGAAUAUGAGACAUGGACUCAAUGAUCUGAGUCUGAGGGUGGUGUAGACAGUAAGCAGAAUGCAGAUUGUGGUACCAAAUGGAUAGGUUGAGCCGUGUUGGUAGGACCUGAAGUCUGGCUUUAGUUGUGAACAGCAGAAUGUCUUCAUCUAAAGAACAGUUUCCAAAUAUAGAGUGUGAAAUCGAGUGAUCAGCUGAGGGAAGACACGCUAGCGCCCCCUGCAGUCUCAAUCCAGUCCAGUGUUUACAAAGUUCAGAGUGGCGUGAAGCCAGAAUAGAAGUCCGCACAUUUUCAGAGGAAAUAACUCGCUGUGUGUUUCUUCACUAGUGAAGUCACGCUCACAUUGACACUUUGAUCUUUUAUAAUUCUUUCAUUGACCUUCACUGGCAUAGAGUCUGCGUCCGUCCACUGCACACUGACUCCUGACCAGUUGCACAGAUCAUUCAGGUCUGGCCAGUCAGACCAAACUCCAAACCCAGCUGCGUUGGUAUCCAGCUUACCAGAGGGCUUCUGUCUGAAGCCUAGAAAGCUAGGUUCAGUCUCGCUGGCAUAUGGGACCUUUCUCCGUUUCAGAUCUAAAAAGAGGGAGGCUCUGGCCAUUUCUCUGACAGUAUCAUCAUCAUUGUUAAGCAUUCUUAACAGAUGGGCUAGUCUUGUAGAGAUGUAUGUCCAUUCAAAAUCUGGUACCCCUAAGCCACCAACCCGCCUCUGACAGAAGAUAAUGUCCCGUGUUGUAUGUGUAUUUAAGCCAAACCAGCUUCUCACAGCCUGUACAGUUCUAUUGUUCAGGUCCCGUAGAACCUUCCGAGGUAUAUGAACAUUGUCAAAGAAAUGUCGCACUUUAGAUAGAGCAAUCUGUGUGAUUGCUUCCACCUUCAUCAUCACAGGCAGAGGAGCAUGGCUGAUUUUUUCCAACCUGUCUGAAUAUUCAGAGAUCACUUCAAUCACCUGCUCUUUCCCUUCUCCUGCUACAUUGAUUCUAUGUCCCAAAUAUGCAUAUGUUUCAUGCCUUGCGUAUACUCUUAUUGGUUUACUAUUUAUGGCAAAUUGUGGUUUUUGAUCAGAUUUUGAAUGACACCAUCGAUUUCCCCCACUUCUUCUCUCAUAGAAAACUGCACAUUUAGAUUCCUUCACAUGCAAUUUAGACCACUCAAGAAAAACAUCUGUCCUUCUUAGCAUAUCCUGUAUUACACUCUCCUGACGUUAAGAGAAAACCACAUCGUCUGCAAAGGCCUGGACAGGAUUGGGGGAAAUUACAUUUAGUGGAGCACAUUGAUCUAUCCACCGUAGCCAUUGAUUGAUUGCCAAAAUGAAAUUCACUGCACUCCACGGGCAGCCUGUUUUUAUGCCAAUUUUUAAGGGUAUUGAGUCUGUAAGUUGUCCUCCACAAACAACUCGAAUAAAGGAAUUUUCGUAUACAUUCUUUAUCAGGUCAAUAAAAACCUGGGGUAGAUGUAUUUCCUCCAGAGCUCUUAUCAUUACAUUAUGAGGAAGAGUUCCAAACGCAUCACGAAAAUCCAAAAACACAGAGUACAACCUUGCAGACUCAUGUUUAAAGUCAUCAAUUCCCAUUUUGAAACAAAAUACAUGUUCAUCCAUUCCUGGUCUUUCAAUAAAGGCUUUCUGCUUAGAGGACAAAAUAUUAGCAUCCACUAGCCAUGGCAGAAUUCGGGACAAAAUACACUUCAUAAACACUUUAUAGAUUGAUGGCAAUAAGGAGAUAUCUCUCCAGGUUGUAGGGUCUUCAGGAAUAUUAUCCUUCUUAGGAAUUCUAUAGAUUAUUGCACCCUUCAUGAGUCAGGCACUCUUCUGUUUCUAAAGCAAGUAUUAAAGAUGGCCAGAAGUAUGUCUAACCACUGACCAGACUUCAGUACUUCAUAAGUCACUCCAUCAUCCCCACUGGCUUUGUUAUUAGGUAAAUUAGCUAAAACAGCUCUUACCUCCUCCGCAGAAAAAGGAGCAAUUAGGAGAAUGGUCACUAGGAGAAUGGUCAGGUUCAGGCAGAUGGAAAAAAUCAGACCAUGGAGGAGGGGGCAGUGGGUCCGCGAUGAUCACUGGGCUUUGGCAUUUCUCCUUGUACUAAGACCGCACUUGUUGUGGAUAUUCAGGGUACUCACUAUUGUUCAAAAUCACCUUUAUAGCUUUUGUUCUCUUAUGUUGCCACAGAUAAGCCAGUUUAUUCCGACUUAUUUUCUUUCUGCGUGAAGUUCGUGGUCUGAGUGCAGGUUGCACAGUGUCUCUAAUAAAGCACAGUUGCGCUUCAAUCCACUGUAGUAGCGAUACUGAUGUUAAUUCCAAAGGAAAGGGGGACACUUGCGGUAGCUUCUUUAGGACCCUCGGCGUGAACUUUAUGAACGGCAAUUUAAAAGCUCUUCCGCGGGCCCUCUCCGCCGAGAAAACACCGUUCUUAAAGUACACCCCAUUCAACAAGGAUAUUAGCUUACACCACUUUGCUGGAUAAGCAGAACUGGCAAAACUCCACUUCUGCCGCAGCCUCUCCGUGUUCAGUGUUUCUCUAAAGGAUCUCUCACUUAUCUGGAAGUGGUUCCACUGAUGUUCAGUUAGUUUAUAGUCGCUAGUGGCAAAGUCCGAGGCUUUAAACUCCGUCCCUGCUAACUCUAGCACUGGGUCUGGAGCACGCCACUGUUGUUUGUAGACUCGGCCACUCGAUAAUGCUUCUUUGUACGCUGUCUUGAUCGCUGACAGCAGACACAUGACCAGUACUACUUGCACAGACAUUUAUGCACUUAUCUGCAUUAACGACGGCAGUUACGACAGGUGUAGAUGUUAAAUUUGCAGCGUGGAGCAGCAGCGUUCACACACGCCAGUGCCGGUACCAGCACGGCGCAGGCGCACACACACACACACACACACACACACACACACAUAUAUAUAUGUGUCAUGUCAUGUCAGUUGUCAUGUAGUCUUGGGUUUUAUCACAGUUAAUGCAAUUUUAUCACUGCAUGUUAUGUUAUGACAUCUGAAAAAAACAUCUUAAAUAAGCCUUUAUAAAUAGUUUAUAUCAGUUUUCAUAAAUAAGUGACUUAUACAUUAUGAACAAAGCCCCUACAACUACCAACAUAAGAAAAUAUGUUAAUAAUAAUGUAAAACAGAGUAAUGGUAUGUAAUAAAUGGCAGAACAAGAAACAAUGAUUCAAAUCAGUAUUAUAAAUGAAACAAAUGUCAGUCACCUUACCUUUAUGUCAUCUUGUAUAUGCAUAUAACUGUGUUCUUCAAUGUGUUUUGUAAGCAUGUGUAAUGCCCUAAGAGUCCUAUGUACAAAUAUUUCAGUCAACAUGUUGCUGAAUAUAAUACACAUAAAUGAUAAUCAUGUUGCCACCAUUUAUAAUUGUAAAACUAUAUCUUUGUAUUUAUCAUCUUUCUACACCAAUAAACUGAAGAAACCCUGA